CAGUCAGGCGGACGGCGUGGAGCGGCUCGGACUCGGCCGCUGGUUUGAUUUUUUUUUGUGUGGCUUCUUCGCUGAGACCCCGCGCGCUCACCAUGACGGAACGAAAGGGAACUGCCAAGGUCGAUUAUCUGAAGGGAAUCGAAAAAGACAUUCAGCAAAAAUGGGAAAAAGAGAAGGUCUUUAAUAUAAAUGCCGUUGAGCCCGGGAGUGCAGAGAGCAGAAAGCCAAAAUACUUUGUAACAUUCCCCUAUCCGUACAUGAAUGGGCGCCUUCAUCUGGGACACACUUUCUCCUUGUCCAAAUGUGAGUUUGCUGUAGGAUAUCAGCGUUUAAAGGGAAAGAGGUGUCUGUUUCCUUUUGGAUUGCAUUGUACUGGGAUGCCCAUCAAGGCGUGCGCAGACAAACUCAAGCGGGAGCUGGAGGUAUACGGGAACCCACCUCAGUUCCCGGAGGAAGAGGAAGAAGAAGCUCCUGGGAAUAAACUAGAAGAGAUAAUCAUCAAGGACAAGGCAAAGGGCAAAAAGAGUAAAGCAGCUGCCAAGACCGGCCGAGCCAAGUUCCAGUGGGACAUCAUGAAGUCCCUGGGUCUGUCUGACGUGGAGAUUGUGGAGUUUGCAGAGGCUGAACACUGGCUUAACUACUUCCCACCCCUGGCAAUUAAGGACCUGAAGAGUAUCGGAUUAAAGGGGGUCGGUCCUCAGGAGUACACCUUAAUCAAGAUGAAGAUCCUUGUGCCUUAUCCAUCAAAACUAAGCGGCCUUCAACAUCGUAACGUCUUUCUCGUGGCUGCCACACUGAGGCCCGAGACCAUGUUUGGUCAAACAAACUGCUGGGUCCGUCCCGACAUGAAGUAUAUAGCCUUUGAGACAGUUAAUGGGGACGUUUACAUCUGCACUCAGCGAGCAGCAAGGAACAUGUCCUUCCAGGGGUUUACCAAAGAGAAUGGAAAGGUUCCUGUGAUCGUGGAGCUUAUUGGCCAGGACAUCCUUGGUGCAUCACUGAGCGCUCCCCUGACUUCCUACAAGAUUAUCUAUGCCCUCCCUAUGCUCACCAUCAAAGAAGACAAAGGAACCGGGGUGGUCACCAGUGUUCCUUCUGAUGCUCCAGAUGAUAUUGCAGCUCUCCGGGACCUGAAGAAGAAGCAGGCACUGAGAGAGAAGUACGGAAUCAGCGAUGAAAUGGUCCUACCUUUUGAGCCGGUCCCCAUCAUUGAAAUCCCUGGAUUUGGGAACCUCUCAGCUCCGACUGUGUGUGAUGAGCUUAAGAUUCAGAGCCAGAAUGACCGGGAAAAGCUUAUGGAGGCCAAAGAGCAAGUUUAUCUGAAAGGCUUUUAUGAGGGAAUAAUGCUGGUAGAAGGGUUUAAAGGGCAGAAGGUGCAAGACGUCAAGAAACCGAUUCAGCGGAUGAUGAUAGACAAGGGAGAAGCUAUGAUCUACAUGGAACCAGAGAAGCAAGUCAUGUCCAGGUCUGCAGAUGAAUGUGUGGUAGCUCUGUGUGACCAGUGGUACUUGGACUAUGGUGAAGCAACCUGGAAGAAACAGACUGGAGAACACCUAACAAAGCUAGAAACAUUCUGUGAGGAGACCAAGAGGAAUUUUGAAGCUAGCCUGAACUGGCUCCAGGAACACGCCUGCUCAAGAACAUAUGGUCUAGGCAGUCGCUUACCAUGGGAUGAGUAUUGGCUGAUCGAGUCCCUCUCCGAUUCCACUAUUUACAUGGCUUACUAUACAGUGGCUCACCUGCUGCAUGGGGGAUCUCUGAACGGUCAGGGAGCGAGUCCACUCGGCAUCAGGCCAGAACAGAUGACAAGAGAAGUCUGGGAUUAUAUAUUCUUCAAAGGAGCCCCGUAUCCAAAGACCCAGAUUGCGAAACCGAUUCUGGAUCAGCUGAAGAUGGAGUUUGAGUACUGGUAUCCGGUGGAUUUGCGCGUUUCUGGAAAGGACUUAGUUCCAAACCAUCUCUCGUACUACUUGUACAAUCAUGUAGCCAUGUGGCCGAAAGACAGUAAUAAGUGGCCUCAGGCGGUGAGAGCGAAUGGACACUUGCUGUUGAACUCAGAAAAGAUGUCAAAAUCCACGGGCAACUUCCUUUCCCUGACUGAAGCUGUGGACAAAUUCUCUGCUGACGGAAUGCGCCUCGCUCUGGCUGACGCCGGCGACACAGUGGAAGACGCCAACUUUGUGGAAACCAUGGCGGACGCGGGUAUACUGCGCCUGUACACCUGGGUGGAGUGGGUGAAGGAAAUGAUCGCAAACCGCGAGAGUCUUCGGAGUGGGGCCGCCAACACCUUCAAUGACCGAGUCUUUGCCAGUGAGAUGAAUGCUGGCAUUCUGAAGACAGAACAACACUAUGAGAAGAUGAUGUUUAAAGACGCUUUAAAAAACGGUUUCUUUGAGUUUCAGGCGGCGAAAGACAAGUACCGUGAGGUUGCAGUUGAAGGAAUGCACCGAGACCUAGUCUUCCAGUUUAUUGAAACCCAGACUCUGCUGCUGGCUCCCAUAUGCUCUCACCUUUGUGAACACAUCUGGGCUCUUCUAGGAAAGCCUGAGUCGAUCCUGAAGGCGAGCUGGCCAGCAGGCGGAGCCGUGGACGAAAUCCUCAUUCGCUCUUCCCAGUAUUUAAUGGAAACAGCGCACGAUGUCCGACUCCGUGGCAAGAGCUACAUGAUCGUUGGUAAAGGAAAGAAAGGGGAAGUAAAGCCAGUACAGAAGCCCUCCCACUGCAAUAUUUAUGUGGCAAAAAACUACCCCUCAUGGCAGCACACUGCUUUAUUGGUGCUUCGCAAGCACUACAAGGAAAAUGACAGCCGUCUGCCGGACAAUAAAGUUAUCGCCACUGAACUGAAAGACCUGCCCGAGCUGAAGAAAUACAUGAAGAAAGUCAUGCCCUUCGUAGCUAUGAUCAAGGAAAAUCUAGAGAAGAACGGACCUCGUGUUCUCGACCUGGAGCUGGAGUUUGACGAACGGGCUGUGUUGAUGGAAAACAUUGUCUAUUUAACCAAUUCACUGGAGCUGGAUGGAAUUGACGUGCUGUAUGCAUCAGACGCAGACGAUAAAAUCCGAGAUGAAUGCUGUCCAGGAAAACCGUUCUGCGUGUUUAGAACAGAGCCUGGUGUGCCCAUGUACUUGGUGAACCCGCAGCCAGCUAAUGGACAUUUCUCUACCCGGAUCGACAUCCGACAGGGUGACAGGAAGGACACCGUGGUUAGAAGGCUGAUGAAGAUGGACCGGAGCCUUAAAGACGAGGCCAGAGUAAAGCUGAUGAGAUACGAAGACCCAGCACUCGGUCCGCGUCAGGUCCCAGUCCUUGGGAAGGAAGAUGUGGGUAAAGUGGCCAUUUCCGAGCAGGCGACCUUUCACGUGGACUUGACCGCGAAAAAGAUCUACUUGGUUGAUGCCAGCAUGAAGCUGGAUUUAGGAGACACACUCAUCUACCUAGUGCAUUGACGGACGACAGAAUGAAACCCUCCAUCCCUCACCCUAGUCGCAGGCUGGUAACGCAUUGACUGACCUCUGUUUUCCCCCAAUUAUCAAUGUUAAGUAUAGAUACUGAACUGACAAUUCACCUCGACUUUGCUCAAAGCGGUUUUGCUCCAGAACUCAAGAGUGCUGAUUGAUAGAUGUUCUUGGUUCUGUCUGUAGCACUGAAUUUCUACAUGAAUUAAUGAAACACGUGGGUCAGGAGGUAAUGUGGAAGGUCGUUUCAUCAAUAAAAGGUUAAGCCAG